UUAAGCUGCAUACACAUGAUGAAAGGCAAAACCGCGAGACUGACUUCAGAUCAGAAGAUGAGUGAUUUGGAGGAAGAGGAGGACGGAGCAGAGUCUGGAGUAUCUGGCUGUCUGUCUAUGAAGAGUGACCGGUCCAAAGAGCAGCCUCUGACCUUCAGUAAUGAACCUGGACCAUCAGACACAAAAGAGAGGAAGCGGAGUGAUGUUUCUGAGGAGGAGCAGCCGUCCAGAUUCAGAACCAGAUCUGGACUGCAGACAGCCAAUCAGAGCAGCUCUGAUCCAAUGAAUGUUGGUCGUCAGAAACAUAAGAUCAGGCUGAAGGAGACAUUUGAACAUGUGACUGAAGGAGCUCAAACAGGAAGUAGAACCCUCCUCAACAGGAUAUACACUGUCCUCUACAUCAUAGAUGGACAGAGUGAAGAGGUUAAUACCCAACAUGAGAUGAGGCAGCUCGAGACAGCUUCCAAGAAGAAGAUCCUCCAGGACUCUCCAAUCAAGUGCUGUGACCUCUUUAAAGCCUCACCUGAUCAACAGAAACACAUCAGAGUGGUUCUGACGAGCGCCGUCGCUGGCGUUGGAAAAACCUUCUCAGUGCAGAAGUUCUGUCUGGACUGGGCCGAGGGUUUGGAAAACCAAGAUAUCAGUCUGGUGAUUCCUCUUUCCUUCAGGGAGCUGAACUUGAUCAAAGAUGAGCAGUACAGUCUUCUGGAGCUGCUCCGUGUUUUCCAUCCAACAUUACAGGAGGUCCCAGCAGAGCAGCUCGCUGGCUCUAAAGUUCUCUUCAUCUUUGACGGCCUGGAUGAAAGCAGACUUUACCUGGAUUUCAACAACAAUGAGUCUGUUUCUGAUGUCACACAGAAGUCAUCAGUCAAAGUGCUGUUGACAAACCUCAUCCAGGGGAAGCUGCUUCCCUCGGCUCUCGUCUGGAUAACUUCCCGACCUGCAGCAGCCAAUCAGAUCCCUCCUGCGUGUGUUGACAGGGUAACAGAAGUACGAGGCUUCACUGACGACCAGAAGGAGGAGUACUUCAGGAAGAGAGUCAGUGAUGAUCUGUCCAGCAGAAUCAUCUCCCACAUCAAGACCUCCAGGAGCCUCCACAUCAUGUGUCUGAUCCCAGUCUUCUGCUGGAUCACUGCUACAGUUCUGGACCACAUGUUGACUACAGACCAGAGAGGAGAGCUGCCCAAGACCCUGACUGACAUGUACUCUCACUUCCUGCUGGUUCAGACAAAGAGGAAGAAGCACAAGUAUGCUGAGGGACAUGAGACGAGUCCACAGGAGCUGACGGAGGCUGACAGGGAAGUUCCUCUGAAGCUGGGGAGGCUGGCGUUUGAACAGCUGGAGAAAGGAAACAUCAUGUUCUACCAAGAAGACCUGGAGCGCUGUGGUCUGGAUGUCACAGAGGCCUUGGUGUACUCAGGAGUUUGUACACAGAUCUUCAAAAGAGAGAGUGUGAUCUUCCAGAAAACAGUCUACUGCUUCGUUCAUCUGAGCGUUCAGGAGUUUCUGGCUGCAGUCUACCUGUUCCACUGUUACACCAACAGGAUCACACAGGUACUGGAGGACUUCCUGGGAGAAGACUACAUUAGUUCAACCCUGGAUGUCUUCCUGAAGAGAGUCAUGAACAAAUCCCUUGAAAGUGAAAACGGCCACCUGGACCUGUUUGUCCGCUUCCUUCAUGGCCUCUCUCUGGAGUCUAACCAGAGACUUUUAGGAGGCCUGCUGGGUCAGACAGACAACAGUCCAGAAAUCAUUCAGAGAGCCAUCAACAACCUGAAGGAGAUGAACAGUGAUGGGAUCUCUCCUGACAGAAGCAUCAACAUCUUCCACUGUCUGACGGAGAUGAACGACCACUCAGUCCAUCAGGAGAUCCAAGAGUUCCUGAAGUCAGAGAACAGAUCAGACAAUAGACUCUCUGAUAUCCACUGCUCAGCUCUGUCCUAUAUGCUGCAGAUGUCAGAAGAGGUUCUGGAUGAGUUGGACCUGGACAAGUACAACCCAUCACGGGAGGGACGACGGAGACUGAUUCCAGCUGUGAGGAACUGCAGAAAGGCUCGACUUUCUUCCUGUUUGCUCUAUGACACUGACUUUGAAGCCGUGGCCUCAGCUCUGAAAUCCAACCCCUCCCAUCUGAGAGAGCUGGACCUUAGUGGAUACCUGCUGGAUUCAGGAGUGGAGCAUCUGUGUGCUGGACUUCAGAGUCCAAACUGUAGACUGGAGACUCUGAGAUUGGUGUGCUGCGGUUUGUCAGAGAUCAACUGUGCUGAUCUGGUCUCAGCUCUGAAGUCCAACCCCUCCCACAUGAGAGAGCUGAACCUGAGUAACAACAACCUGCAGGAUUCAGGAAUGAAGCUGCUCUGUGGUUUUCUGGAGAGUCCACACUGUAGACUGGAGACUCUGAGACUUUUGGGCUGUGACCUCUCUGAGACAGACUGUGAAGUCAUGGCCUCAGUUCUGAAGUCCAAUCCCUCCCAUCUGAGAGGGCUGGACCUGAGUGGCAAUGACCUGCUGGAUUCAGGAGUGGAACGUCUGUGUGCUGGACUACAGAAUCCAAACUGUAGACUGGAGACUCUCAGAUUGGAGCACUGCAGUUUGUCAGCGACCAGCUGUGUUUCUCUGGCCUUAACUCUGAAGUCCAAUCCCUCCCACUUCAGAGAGCUGGACCUGAGAUACAACAAGCUGCAGGAUUCAGACGUGAAGCUGCUGUGUGAUCUUGUGGAAAGUCCAAACUGUCGACUGGAAACUCUGAGAUGGGAGUGACCAGAAAGGAGGAUGUGUUGAGACCGUAUGUGGAGUCCUCCAUCAUCCCUGUGUGUUCCUCUGGAUCUGACAGAGUAUCAUCAGUGUAUCUGGACUGCUCUGCUGCUGCUCUGUCCUUCUACACAGUCUCUGCAGACACACUGAGACUCCUCCACUCCUUCUGCUCCACACUUAGUCUCUAAUGUCCAGCUCUAUCUCUACAGAGCUAUGGAGUCAGGUCUGGCUACACAACAGAUGCAUUCUGGGAUUGGAGGAAAAAAAACUCUCUGGAUUGUUUGCAUUUCUUUAAACCAAUCACAAUGGUUUCUGUCGGCGCUAAGCUCCAGACUCAGCG